AUGCAUAACAGCAGGUCCACCAUCGAGAUGGGCUUUUGCUCUGUUCAUCGUCGCAAGCGAGCCAGAGCAGAUUUAGUGCCACUGGAUAAUAACCCCGGGCAUAUGCGCUGUAAGAACCACAAGGAGUGCCGCCAGCGAACUGAGGUGGAAUUGGUCUUAUGCAGUGUGCACAAUCGGCGCAGAAGCAUCACGCAGAUGAAGGAGGUGCGGAAGGGAGUAUUCGAGUGCCUGCCCCAACAUACUUGCCGUGGUCAGUUCAACGAUUCUGGUAUUCAGUCGCCAGCUCCACCUUCUUCCAACGCUAAUGCGGUGGCCUCCUCAUACGGUAUACCACAGAGAGGCAGUCGCCCCCAGCAGGGGCCAAGGGAGCAUCAUCCGGCACCGACGGUAAGCGUGGCGUGGGCGCCAACGUCCAGUCGUUCACGGCAUGACAACUUAGUGGGCUCGUCAGAUUGGGCACAGGUUGACCGUAAGACAUGGUGUGCGAGACAUGGUAAAUUAACAUCGCAGUGUGAGCUGGUUAAGGACUGCUGCUACGUUUGCUAUGACGAGUCAACUUGCCUUUCGACUGCAUUAGAGUUGGCGUCAGACCUUAUGGCAAAGGGCUGCAAGGAGCUACUGUGUUCGAAACAUAACUCAUUGCGCCUUUUGGAAUUUCUGGAGAGAACUCCCGAUAAACUAGGGUACCAAUGUGUUGCUGGUCAUCGUUGCCGUGGAACGCUUGACAGUUGCCGGGAACCAGUCCCGGAGCGUGGAGCUCAUCCCACAAGGGAUGCCGUAUCAUCUUUCUUCAUUUAA